AUGGGUCUGGCCAGCGUCUCUCGCGAGUCUUGCGAGAACAUACUGACAAAAGGCGGCGCGGAUGGCGAAGGAAUGGGCCGUGCUAUUACGAUUGUAAUUGGCGGCGCCCGCGAAUCCCUUGACGCUUUGCCAUCGUCAUUGCGCCUUGUUCUAAAGCGGCGAAAGGGCUUCAUAAAAUUGGCCAUUCGCACCGGUGCCGAUUUGGUGCCAGUUUUAGCGUUUGGUGAAAAUGACCUUUAUGAGCAAGUCCGCUCGGACCAGCAUCCUCUCAUACACAAGCUUCAGAUGCUGAUUAAGCAUACAAUGGGGUUCACCAUCCCGCUUUUUCAUGCCCGUGGGGUCUUUAAUUAUGACGUGGGCCUGAUGCCGUACCGCCGCUCACUCAACAUCGUUGUGGGCCGCCCCAUUCAGGUCAGACAAGAGCGUGAUAGAAGCAGAAUCGAUGAUGAUUAUAUCAAUUCCCUUCACGAUCAGUACGUGUCGGAAUUGAAAAGGCUCUGGGAACAGUGGAAGGAUGUAUAUGCCAAAGACCGAGUUUCAGAGCUCGAAAUUGUUGCAUGA